AUUUCGCAGAUACUUUAAAAUGGAAAUGCAACAUUUUCUUUUAAUUUUAACAGUAUUCCUCCCUCUCACAUAUUGCCAGACCACACGAAACUGCUACACAUGUGCUACUUCUGAGCUAAAAGAUAAAUGGUAUUUGACUGGAUUGGCUCCAGUUCCUGAUAGUUACUUUACGGCAGGGAGCUGUCAACAAGCCCCAAGUAAUACCUUUGCGGAAUCAUGUUCUGGACCAUGUCUCACUAUGGCUUUUGGUAAUCCGGAUGCCGUUGGCACUAACCAAGCAACAACUACAUACUUCGUUCGUGGUUGCCAUAGAACUCUUACAAAUGCAGUCUCUGACCGAACAUCGAUGAACAAUGCAGAUUUUUGUGAACAGGACAAUACUUAUAAAAUGGCUGAUCGAAAGGGAAAUAUCGUAAAUGUCAAAAUGAUGGCAAUGUUCUGUGAGGGUACAGAUCUUUGCAAUAAUUUACAAAUUGAUUUUAAUAGUCAAAUGACGUGUGCCAAUCAAACAAAUAAUAAUUUGCUUAAUAAUGCUCCACUGAACUGUUAUGAAUGUACACCUAGUGAAGGCUAUAACUGUCAUGAAUCCAAGUGCACAAAGAAAUAUUGUUUAAAACAGGAAAUCAAGUUAGACAACGGCUUUCAAAUUGACAAAACAUGCUCAAACGUGAAUAUAUUUGGAGUCGACAAUUCAUGUCAAACGCAUGAUCUUAUCACCAAUCCAGGAGGUGUCGCAGUCAAAAAUCAAUUUUCUCGCUGUUACUGUAAGGAUAAGCAAUUUUGUAAUUCUGGAACUUCUAUUACUAUUCUCUUUUCAUCUGUUAUCAGCAUUUUGUUCAGCUCACGAUUUUUGUGAAGUCGAUGUUCUAUAAGUUUUAUAUUUAUGUAAAAAAAAACAAAUAAUAAAUUAAUUUGAAAAUCAUAAAU